GUGGGGCCUCUGGCUGGGGGUGGGGCCUCGGCGAAGGACUGCGCAGCGGCAGUUUUGGGCUUGGGCUAAGGCUCUGGACUGGAGCGCAGCAUCCUCGCUACAGCUGCCUGGGCUGUUGCACCUGGUCAGGUGACAUUCACCAACACCGUCUGCUUUUCUGUCACCAUUAUCUUCAUCAUCCUCAUCACCACGACCACCACCAUCAACAGCAUCUCUCUUCUUCCAUCAGAGCUCUUCAAGUUCUGUAAAGGCAGACUGUGUUCAGGCAUGCAGGCUCAUCGCUGGAGAUGACUGUCAGCUGCCUUCUCUGCGUAGUCACCAUCACAUGCCUCACCACUGGAGCCUGGGAAGCCUGACCACAGACCGGCAUCUCCAAGGCAUGAAUAAUUAGGUAGGCAUAAUGGAAGGCACUCACUGCACCCUUCAAUUGCGUAAGCCCAUUACUGAACUCUGCUACAUCAGCUUCUAUCUUCCAAGGGGGGAAGUCAGAGGAUUUUCAUACAAGGGCACCGUAAUUCUAGACAGAUCCAAUAAAGGUUUUCAUAACUGCUACCAAGUCAGGGAGGGGUCAGACACCAUCAGCCUCAGCCAGCAGCUGAAUGAACUUCCAGGCGACAUAUUUUUCAAGCCGACUACCACGAAAGACAUUCUAACUGAGCUGUACAAACUCACAGCAGAGAGGGAGAGACUGCUGGCCAAUCUGCGGAGCUCAGACCACAUCCUGGGCAUUUCCAUGGGGAACCAGGAGGGGAAGCUGCUGGAGCUGUCUGUGAGUGUGGCUCCUGAGGACAGCUGUUCCCAGAGUGCUGGUAAUUGGUGGAGGGAGCCCUCUGCGGGUCCUCUCACUCAAAGGAGCACCCACGGGAACAAAAAGCCCCGGAGGUUUGAAGGAAGAAGAGAGAGCAUUGAGGUGCAGAAGAGAACAAGAAGGAAAGGGCGUGGACGCCAGCAAUCCACUCCUCAGAUGGGAAAGGACCAGAUCUGUCCCAGCAAUUGCCUUCCUCCUUCUGGAGCUCGGCUCAAUCUUCGGCUCCUAGAGGAAAGAGGAAACUUGGUUCCAAAUGGGGUGCUUACAUGUUCCCUGCAGAGGAGAGAAAGCUGCCCUGCAGAUAUCCCCAGGACACCAGAUGCAGACCUUGGCUUUGCGAGCUCUGGGAUGGCUUCAGGGAACACUGGGCUUGGAAAAGGAGCACUACCCCCUCGAAGCAGCUCCACAGAAGCAGGAGAUGAUGGUGUUCGAGUUCUACCCAGGAAGCCUCACAGGCUGGAGCAUCAGCACACAGGUUUGCCUGAAAGUCAGGAGGAUGCUAAGAAGCAUCCAGAAGCACAGAGGGGUGGCCUGGGGAAGUUGGCUGAGCGGACCUGCAGGAAGAGACCUAUUUCCAAAGUGGUGGCCAAGGUCCAGGAUCUGUCCACUCAGGUGCAAAGAGUAGUUAAUGUGCCUCCUGAGGGUGAGGAAAAGAUUGCUGUGUACCCAGAGGUCAAAGCUGAAUUUAUCUGCAAGGUGGACUUGCUCACCCUGCCAGGAGCUGAGGCUGGGGCUCAUGGUUCCAGGUGGCAGAGCAAGAAGCAGCAAGGGGCCAGGUCGUCGCAGUUACCAGCCAGAGAAAGCGCCUCUGUUUCUAGCUUGUCAGCCAGCACUGACAGGGCUGUGAACAAGGUCCUCCUGAAGGUGAUUGAGAGUGAGAAGUUAGAUGGGGCCACCCAGGGGAAGAGGCUGGGUGUCCCCCUCAAUACAAGGGCCACCCAUAGCCUCCCAGAAACCAGAAGCAAGAGGAAGGCUGGGGUGCCCCAAAGGGGCCACAAAUCCUUGUUUCUGGAUCUGCCCUGCACUACAGGUCCUGACUCCUCACACUGCAGAGGUGAUGAGAGGAGGCCGUCGCCCUCAGUACCAGUGGCUCCCGGUAUGGGAUUUAAUAAUUCAUCCCAGCAGCCGCGACACCAGCAGCCACCACCUGCUCCCUCGCCUCUCUAUCCAAGGUGUCCCAGCCCUCAGCAGCAUCACAGGAUCCUCCCGAUCCCUCCACUGCCCAGCGAGAGGGAAGCUGCUGUUAAUGACUCUCCUGGUAGACAGAGCAGUAUCUUCUCUGAGUCCUCCUCUCCUGACACAUUGGAGCCACCAUCUUCUGCAGAGGUCACGGAGACCAAAGGAGCCAGCGCGGCCUCCCUCACAGCAGGCCAACCUCACUUGGUACCUGGGGAAACUUCGGAAAAGAGCUUAGGGCCAGGGAAGACCACAGCUCAGCCUCAGCAGCAGGCACCUCCAGGUGUCUCCUCUGAGGGCUUUCCUUGGGACCGCUUCAGUGAACAGACAGCUAAAGACCUCCCCAGCAGAGAUGGAGGUGCUUGGGUCCUGGGCUAUAGAGCAGGCCCACCCUGUCCCUUUCUGCUCUACGAGGACAGAGAGAAGUCAAACAGAAGCAAAUUGUACUUGGAUCUCAAUCCUGACCAGAGCCCCACAGAGCAGGAUGACAGGACUCCUGGCAGACUCCAAGCUGUCUGGCCACCCCCAAAGACAAAAGACACAGAAGAGAAAGUGGGAUUGAAGUACACCGAAGCAGAAUACCAAGCUGCUAUUUUACACUUGAAGAGGGAACACAAAGAAGAAAUUGAAAACCUACAGGCUCAGUUUGAACUUCAGGCGUUUCAUAUCCGGGGUGAACAUGCAGCGAUCACAGCGCGGCUGGAAGAAACCAUUGAAAACCUCAAGCUCCAGUUAGAACAGCGCUGGCGGGGAGGAUGCGAGGAGCUGAGGGAUGCCUGCGUCUCCACCGACGACAGCUGCGCUCCGAAGGCCUACAGAAAUGUGUGCAUCCAGACAGACAGACAGUCCUUCCUCAAACCCUGUGAGGGCGACACCAAGACGCCCAGAAGUAACCAGAUAGUGCCCAGAAAGCUGAACAUCUCCUCUUUAAGCCAGCUCUCUCCCCCAAAUGACAACAAAGACACCCACGCCCCACUUCAGAAUGGGGAAAGCAUCUCACCAAGUCACCCAAAGACAGCACCUCCUCCUCCCCCGCCGCCCCCGCCCCUUCCCAUACCGCCCCCUCCGCCCCUCCCACCUGGUCCGGGAGCUCUGCCGCCUAUGCCCCCAACACCAGCUUUGAGUGCCAGCCCUCCGCCACCACCUCCUCCUCCGCCUCCUCCACCGCCCCUGCCUCCAAGUGCUGGGCCUCCGCCGCCUCCUCCACCACCGCUUCCAAACCCCCAGGCUGUGCCUGGCAGCGGGGCCCCUCCUCCUGCGCCAGCACCCCUGGGACUUGUACCCCCACCUCCUCCUGGACUCUUCUUUGGACUCAGCCCUUCCUCCAGCCAGGCCCCUCGAAAACCAGCCAUUGAGCCCAGCCGUCCCAUGAAGCCUUUGUACUGGACUAGAAUACAGAUAAGCGAUGGCCAAAGUGCUGCACCAACCUUAUGGGAUUCCUUAGAAGAACCUGACAUUCGGGACACUAGUGAAUUUGAAUAUUUAUUCUCCAAAGUCACAACUCCACAGAAGAAAAAGCCUCUUUCAGAGACCUAUGCAGAAAAAAACAAGGUCAAAAAGAUCAUCAAGUUAUUGAAUGGAAAAAGAUCACAAGCUGUGGGAAUUUUGAUAUCGAGUUUACAUUUAGAAAUGAAGGAUAUCCAUCAGGCCAUUUUUAAUGUGGAUGACUCUGUGGUUGAUCUGGAGACCCUAGAGGCCUUAUAUGAAAAUAGAGCCCAAGAGGAUGAAUUGGUUAAAAUAAGAAAGUAUUAUGAGACAUCCAAAGAAGAAGAAUUGAAGCUACUGGAUAAACCUGAGCAAUUUUUGCAUGAGUUAGCCCAGAUCCCUAAUUUUGCUGAGCGUGCCCAAUGCAUCAUCUUCAGGUCUGUUUUUUCUGAAGGUGUCACCUCUUUGCACCUGAAGGUAGACAUUGUCACACGAGCUUCUAAGGGCUUGCUGCACAUGAAGAGUGUGAAAGAUAUCUUAGCUAUCAUUCUGGCUUUUGGAAAUUAUAUGAAUGGAGGAAAUAGGACUCGGGGUCAAGCAGAUGGAUAUAGCUUAGAAAUCCUGCCCAAACUCAAGGACGUCAAAAGUCGGGAUAAUGGAAUGAAUCUGGUGGACUAUGUUGUGAAAUAUUACCUGCGUUACUAUGAUCAGGAAGCUGGAACAGAAAAGAGUGUCUUUCCCCUACCUGAACCCCAAGAUUUCUUUCUGGCCUCCCAAGUCAAGUUUGAAGAUCUCAGUGAAGAUUUGAAAAAACUGAAGAAGCAACUAGAAGCAAGUGAAAAACAGAUGAUGGUGGUGUGCAAGGAGUCCCCGAAGGAAUACCUCCAGCCUUUCAAGGACAAGCUAGAGGAGUUCUUCCAGAAAGCCAAAAAGGAGCAUAAAAUGGAAGAAAGUCACUUGGAGAAUGCACAGAAGAGUUUUCAAACAACUGUGGGAUAUUUUGGGAUGAAGCCGAAGGCUGGUGAGAAGGAGGUCACACCCGGCUAUGUGUUUAUGGUGUGGUAUGAGUUCUGCAGUGACUUCAAGACGAUUUGGAAACGAGAGAGUAAAAACAUAUCGAAAGAAAGAUUGAAAAUGGCUCAAGCAUUAGUCAGCAAACUGACAUCGGAGAAGAAAGUGGAAACAAAAAAAAUCAAUCCCACAGCUAGUCUGAAAGAAAGACUGUGUCAGAAAGAAGCCAGUAUGAACGCAAACUAAGAUGGAGACACAAGAAAAUGAUGGUGGUGCAGGUGGAGAACCUUGCAUUCUUCACAACCCCAGUGCUGCAGGAAAUGCGGGAAAGAUUUCUCAUUAAAUGUUUGCUUUGCUCAGCUCUUCCUGA